UAUCCAUCUCCGGCUCAUCCUCUUCCACACCGCCCGCGUUUCCCCCGGCGUUCGCCGUUUCCUCCGAUUGCUUCUUCUAGAAGCUUCGCGGUGCGAUCACCGUGGCGGAGAACGAUCCGGGUCGCGUCGUCCUCUUCCAUUCUCCUCUCUCUCGUUCGAUCUCUCUAUUCCCCCUUUGUGGAACCUGCUGCGAAGAGGAGGAGGAGGAGGAGGAGGAGCCAUGGACGAGGAGAUGGACGAUGCGUUCGAGGGGGCUUCGUGGAGAUACGAGUUCGAUCUCGACUACGAGUUCGACGCCGCGCGGUACUUCGACUUCGGGCGCCCGGAGACGCAGUCGGAGGCGCGGGAGGCGGAGCUCUGGUUCGAGACCGCGGGGAGCUACCCUCCUUCUCCCCUGAUAGCACAAAUAUUCAAUGGAGAGGGGGCAACAAUGAAAAGUUUAAAGAUCCUUUCUGAUCUAGAUGCUGUAGGAUGUACUACUACUAUUGUCUAUCUUAAUGAUGAUGGUGGACCUGAUCUCUCUCAAGUGAAUAGGCAAAUAGAAGAUAUCCCAAACAUUUAUAGCAAGUCAACUUCCAAAGCUUGCUCUAGUAAAAGCUCAACUUUAAUGAGGCCUACUGUGAGCCAAUUAGCCAAGCAAAAUCGGAUAAACGGAGCAAAGGCUGUGAGCAGAAGCGGUCGGCCAGUAAUAGUGAAAAGUGAGAAAAGCACUGAUGAUCCUAAUGAUUAUCCCCUACAAGCUACCAAAAGGCAAAGAUUAGAAACGGGACAUUUUUGUAAGAUUGAUGGUGUUAAACAGCAAACAGAUUUUAUUCACAAGGUCCGGGAAAAGAAUAUUGGACCUGCCAACUGCAAUGCUGGCCCGCCAAGGUUGAAACUCACAAUUCCUAGAGAACCUCACUUGGAAACUGCACGAAGAGCAGAGAGGUUCAAGGCUCAAAGAGCAAAGUCAGGCGGUGCGAAACUGUUACCUGAAGGAGAGAUGCCAACAGUGCCUGCAUACAAAGCUCAUCCUCUUAACAGAAAAGCCCCUUCUCUGCCCCUCCGUCAGAACAGCAGUCCACAGUUACCAAAAUUUAAAGAGUUCAACCUCAAAACUCAUGAUAGGGCUGCUAAGAACUCAUCUGGAUCAUCAACAGAGACAGCAGAGAAUCAUAUUCGUAGGACGCAUGGUGAUAUGUUAGGUGCCAGAAGGUUAGAGCAGAAGGUUUCUGAUUCUUUGCAACUGCCCAAUGACGCAAAAAGGCUGGAGGAAAGCAGAAACAGACCAUGUGAAUUUAAAGCUCGACCCCUGGAUAAAAAGGUAGCAGCAAUAUUCUCCAGCAAAGGAGAUAUUGGCAUCUUUCGAAGUACAAAGAGGGAGAUAACAAUACCCAAGGAGUUCAAUCUCUCCUCGAGUAAAAGGUGUCAGCAGGCUCCAUUAGCCGAACUUUUCAAUAAGCUCUCUUUGGCGUCUGAAGGAAAGCGAAUCACUGCUUUACAGGCAACAUUCUUACAGCCUACUCACACAGCUUCCAAGGAUUCCAAAGAAAACAUAGGCAAGCCUGUGUGUUGCUAGUGUUGGAUUAAGGAGGCAGGGAAAGAAAAAUAAGACCUUUUGACCAAAGUCCAUCCUAUUUUGGGAAUGAAGUAGUUUAAUAAUUGCUCAUUCAAUUGGCCGAUGAUGCUCAGGAACAGAGUAAUCAUCUUGGUCGGGAAGAGGUGCUUUUUGCAUGGUACUGAUAACAGUUUAAUUUUUUUUUCUUUUUCUUUUUACAAGUUGAAAUGCAGAUAAUUGAUAUAGUGCCAAAAAAUUUCAAAAUUUGUGAUUCUCAUUUUCCCUCUUUCCCCUAUAAUAUGUCGGAAGUAGAUUUACAGAGUGAUUUUUGGCAUUUGCUGGUCCUUGAUGAAGGAAUUGGUACGAAGGAGCCCGCACAUUAUCAUUUCCAUAUACUAGUGUGAAUUUUGGAAUACAUGAUUGGUUACUUCAGAAGCUGGUUUUUAACAGCUGAAUUAGAUAAAGUAGGUCAGAGUUGUAUAGUUAACUACUGCAGGCCUACUUUUUUUUUUUUUUUUUUUUUUUUUUUCCCCCCUCCGUUGUAGAUUUGCUGAAAAUAUUCUGAUACCUUGAACUGUCUGUAAUAGAAUACAAUAGCGGAAAUGCAAUGCAUGGGAUCCUUUUUGUGUAUUUUUAUUGAA